ACACCUUCCCCUAUUUCUCACACUCCUUCACACCCUCCUCACCAUUCUACCCAUGUUCCUGCUAAACCACCAACUGGUCACCACCACCAUCAUCACCCACCUGCUUAUGCUCCUGUUAAGCCUCCUAUUCACACUCCCGUUGUUCCAACACACCCACCAUUGCACCCCCCUGUUCCAGCUCACCCACCAUUGCAUCCUUCUCCUGUUCCUAGACGCUUUAUAGCUGUUCAAGGUGUUGUUUAUGUAAAAUCUUGCAAGUAUGCUGGUGUUCAUACUCUCUUGGGAGCUAAAGCACUUCAUGGUGCCGUUGUGAAGCUACAAUGUAACAGCACAAAGUACAAGUUUGUUCAAACACAUAAGACUGAUAAGAAUGGUUAUUUCUUCAUUGAAGGCCCAAAGAGUAUCAAAACCUAUGCACCUCAUAAGUGUAAUGUUGUUUUGGUUAGUGCUCCAAAUGGGCUGAAGCCUUCAAAUCUUAAUGGUGGGCUUACUGGUGCUGCUCUUAGGUCCGGGAAACCUUAUGUGUCUAAGGGUCUUCAUUUCACUAUUUACACUGUUGGGCCUCUUGCAUUUGAGCCCAAAUGUCCUCGUUAA